CCAAGACUGGGCGCAAUGUGAAGUUCAGCUAUGCUGAAAACAUGGCGUUGGUGCGGGAGCUGAUGAGGCAUCAUCGCCAAUUGUUUGGGCAGGAUGCUGCCAAGGUGUCCUCCCGCAGGAAGUCUGUCCUGUGGAGUAAAGUGAUUGCGGCAGUGAAUAGUGAGGGUGUGGUGAGGCGGACUGAGGACACGUGUCGUAAGCACUUUUAUGACAUCAAGCGCCUUGUCAAGGCCAAGAUGGCCAAGGAGGCCAAAUCAGCCCGCCAAACCGGGGGUGGACCCCCCUUCCGGGCUACUUAUCGUGAUUGGGAGGAGCCUGUGCGGUCCCUUAUUCCUGCCGAAGUGGUGUCUGCGACUCAUGUCCGGGAUUCGGACCGGCCAAGGCAGGAUGUACGCCAGACCAGCGCAACAUACAGGCCACAGCCAACUGCUGAGGAUGCUGGGAUUGCAGGUUCUUCUUCUGCAAGCCGCCCUCCUCUAAGGCGCCCAUCACAGGGUUCUGUGAAUUUACCGAGGAGGCCAAGUAAGACGCGCCGUGUGGAUUCGGAAACAGCUGCUCCAUCUUCCCCUCCCAGGCGGCGCAUCUCCGCAGUCUUGUCCCAGCCACCACAGGCACUAUUGGCUAGUCCCCAAAGUGAUGAGCCACGAUCACCUCAGUUAUCUGAACCAACCUUCAUGCCCGACGUUGACCAGCAGGAACCAGACCAACAGGCCACCUAUACACUGCACCUUAAGCCCGUUGUUCCGAGCCAGCCAACCCAGCCGCAGGAUAUCCCCCAAGCCUCCGUUAGUCCACAAUUGCUCCCAGCUCCACCACAGCAACAAAUGUCCGCAGACUUUUGGUCCAGUUGGGCAACCCAACAGAGCCAAAACAGUGCCUGCCUGAACGCCCACACCCAACACCUUGCCAGUCUGCCCCAUCAUCUUCCGCGCAUUAGUCGCAAUUCGGGCAGACUGAUUGUCCAGGUAGGCAGAAUUGCCACAUCAAUGGAACAAAUCCGGACCGACAACACACAAAUGCUGGCAAAUUUGACGCGCAUCAUUGAUGAGCAACAGCGGCAGCAGCAAGCACUUAUCCAAGUCAUCCAACACAAUCAGGUGGUGAAUGAGACUUUGUCGAGAAUUGUGGCCAGCCACACUGCAAGUAACAACCAACUGAAUGCCAGCAUACAUAACUUAAGCCAAAGUAUCACUCUGAUGGCAGCACAACAAGUGAGCUCCAGCUCAGGAACCACGACCCCUAGCCAAACCCCAGUAACCUCCCCUGUUCGACGAUCAUCCAGAACACGUGCCAGCGACCCUGCUCAAAGCACGGCACCCAGCACACACAAGAAAAAAAAAAAUACCCAAAUUACAUUUGUGUAA